CCGAAUGCGGUGAAAUUGACUCCACAAAAAUGGUAGAAUGCAAUCUUCUACUGCAUUCUUGCCAGUAUAUGGCUUCACUCCCACAACUGCACAUGUGAAUCAAAGAAAGAUCCCAUGUUAAACAUGGCAUGCACCGGAGUUCUGGGAUUCACUACGCCGCCGUUGAAUUCGAGCAGAAAAUCAAAGCAGCAAAGAAAGGACACUUCUUUCUCUUGUUGCUCAACUUCCACUUCCACAAACGAGCAUGAAACCGCGACAAAAUUCACGUAUUCCAGAGCUUCACCGUCUGUGAGGUGGCCGCACUUGAAAUUCACCGAGACCGAGCAGAGACCGCUGAUGAAAACACCGGUUCCUGACGUUAGAGAUGAAAUCGGAGUAGACGGCGGAGAGGGGUUCGUGGGUGCGGAAGCGGAAGAUGAAGCAGACAAGGUGUUCGACAAAAGGCCUAGCAGAAACAGAGUGAAGAAAAUGAACAAGCUGGCGUUGAAGAGGGCCAAGGACUGGCGGAAGAGGGUGCAGUUCUUGACGGACAGGAUCUUGGAGCUGAAAUCGGAUGAGUUUGUAGCGGAUGUUUUGGAUGAGAAGCUGGUGCAGAUGACGCCUACUGAUUUCUGCUUCGUGGUGAAAUGGGUGGGGCAGUCUAGUUGGCAGAGGGCCUUGGAGGUUUACGAGUGGUUGAAUCUUCGCCAUUGGUAUGCACCAAAUGCAAGAAUGCUGGCUACGAUUCUCUCUGUGCUUGGAAAAGCCAAUCAAGAAGCUUUAGCUGUGGAGAUGUAUACUCGAGCAGAAUCGGCAGUGGGCAACACUGUCCAAGUUUAUAAUGCAAUGAUGGGAGUUUACGCAAGAAAUGGUCGAUUUACAAAGGUUAAGGAGCUGCUAGACUUGAUGCGUGAACGGGGGUGUGAGCCGGACCUUGUUAGUUUCAACACAUUGAUCAAUGCGCGGCUGAGAUCAGGUCCCAUGACUCCGAAUUUGGGGAUUGAGCUUCUUGGUGAAGUGAGGAGAUCGGGCAUACGGCCUGACAUCAUCACGUAUAACACUCUGAUCAGUGGAUGUUCGCGUGAAUCCAAUUUGGAGGAGGCUGUGAAGAUCUUUAACGACAUGGAGGAGCACAGAUGUCAGCCGGAUUUAUGGACGUACAAUGCCAUGAUAUCGGUGUAUGGGAGAUGCGGGCUUUCGGGUGAAGCAGAACGUCUCUUUAAAGAGCUGCAUUCGAAGAGUUUCUUACCAGAUGCAGUCACGUACAACUCUCUGCUUUACGCAUUUGCAAGAGAAGGGAAUGUGGUGAAGGUGAAAGAGAUAUGUCAAGAAUUUAUGGAGAUGGGGUUUGUAAAAGAUGAGAUGACUUACAACACCAUAAUUAGCAUGUAUGGGAAGCAAGGCAGGCAUGACAUUGGCUUGCAAACUUAUAGAGAGAUGCAGUCCUCUGGUCGGCAUCCUGAUGCAGUGACAUAUACUGUCCUCAUUGACUCACUAGGGAAAGCAAAUAAGAUGGCAGAAGCUGCAAAUGUGAUGUCUGAGAUGCUAGAUACCGGUGUAAGGCCUACAAUACGAACUUACAGUGCUUUGAUAUGUGGCUAUGCCAAAGCUGGACAGCGAGCUCAGGCUGAGGAGACAUUUGAUUGCAUGAUGCGUUCUGGAAUUAAGCCAGACAAGCUUGCAUACGCAGUCAUGCUGGAUGUGCAUAUAAGGUCGAAAAACACAAAGAAGGCAGUGAUGCUGUACCAGGAUAUGGUUUCUGAUGGUUAUGUCCUUGAUCUUUCCAUGUAUGAAGCACUGAUCCGUGUACUUGCAGGAGAGAGCAACGAAAAAUUUAUCAAAAAAGUAGUCGAGCAUCUUGAAGAACUUCAUGGCUUGAGCUCAGAGAGGAUUUCUGUUAUACUUACUAAAGCAGGUUGCUAUGAUUUUGCUGCAGAAAAGUUAAGACUUGCAGUUAUGAAGAACUCUAGAGUUAAUCAGGAAAACUUACUAUCAAUUUUGGGUUCAUAUAGUUUAUCUGGGCGACAUUCUGAAGCGAUAGAGCUACUAAAUUUUGUACAGAAAAAUGCGCCAGGAUCCGAGCAGUUGAUAGCUGAGGCUUUAGUUGUUAUUUAUUGCAAUGCUGGGCAGUUAGAUGCUGCUUUAGACGAAUAUCACAAAAAUAACAGCAUGUUUAUGUUUGAAGGGAGCUCCGCAAUGUAUGAAUUCCUGAUUGUGUCCUGUGCUGACAACGAAUGCUAUGUUGAAGCUUCUCAGAUAUAUUCGGAUAUGAAAUUCUAUGGGAUUGAACCUUCAGCGAAAGUGUAUCAGAUGAUGGCUCUUUCGUAUUGUAAGUUAGAUCUUCCUGAGACGGCUCAUCAUUUGUACGACCUGGCAGAAAUAAAGGGGGUUCCUCUUCAUGAUACAUCCGUUUGUACUUCCCUUAUUGAAGCUUAUGCAAAAGUGAAGCAACUGGAGAAGGCAGAGAGUGUCGUGGGAAGGCUGAGGCAGAAAUGCAAAGUUUUGGACCGUAAGGUCUGGAACUCCUUGCUUGAAGCCUAUGCUUUAAGUGGUUGUUAUGAGAAAGCAAGAGCUGCUUUCAACACAAUGAUGAGAGAUGGGCCGUCCCCAACAGUUGAUACCAUGAACUUUCUACUGCAGGCACUGGUUGUUGAUGGAAGAUUAGAUGAACUUUACAUUGUGAUUCAGGAUCUUCAAGAUAUGGGGUUCAAAAUUAGUAAGAGUUCGAUUAUUUUGAUGCUUGAGGCAUUCGCCCAAUCUGGAAACGUGUUUGAGGUGAAGAAGAUAUAUCAUGGAAUGAAAGCUGCAGGCUAUCUUCCUACUAUGCAUCUGUACAAGGUUAUUAUUGGGCUGUUGUCGAGGGCAAAACAAGUAAUGGAUGUUGAGGCCAUGGUUUCUGAGAUGGGGGCAGCAGGAUUCACUCCUGAUCUUGUUAUAUACAAUCUGUUGCUUAAGAUGUACAUGAAAAUAGAGGAUUAUAAGAAGACGAUUCAAAUAUACCAACGGAUUCGAGAAUGUGAACUGAAACCGGAUGAGGAAACUUACAGUACUCUAAUCCUAAUGUAUUGUAGAGACUGUAGGCCUGAAGAAGCUGCUUUAUUGAUGCAUGAAAUGAGACGGCUUGGUCUGAAACCCCAAUCGGACACCUACAAGAGCCUGAUAGCAGCAUUUUGUAAGAAGAUGAUGAUUGAGCAAGCUGAAGAGCUCUUUUAUGGCCUAAAAUCGGAAGGGAACAAGCUAGACCGGUCGUUUUACCACUUGAUGAUGAAAAUGUACAGAACAUCUGGGAACCACGCUAAAGCAGAGAAUCUGUUGGUGACCAUGAAAGAAUCAGGAAUCGAACCCACUGCUGCUACGAUGCACCUACUUAUGACAUCAUACGGAAGCUCAGGGCGUCCGGAGGAAGCUGAAAAAGUGCUUAAUAGUUUAAAGGCUACUGGUUCAGAUCUUGGCACGUUAUCAUAUAGUUCAGUGAUUGAUGCUUACCUCAAGAAUGGUGAUCUUGAUGUUGGCAUCCAGAAGCUCGAGGAGUUGAGAAACGAGGGCUUGGAUCCUGACCACAGGAUAUGGACUUGUUUCAUUAGGGCAGCUAGUCUGUGCCACAGCUUCGGUGAAGCCACUAUGCUACUAAAUGCCAUUGGAGAUGCUGGUUUUCGACUUCCAAUAAGGCUUUUGACGGAUAAUUCUAUGUUGCUUCUGUCGGAGAUAGACUGCUAUCUCAAGAGUCUGGAAGCUGUAGAAGAUAAUGCCUCAUUUCACUUUGUCAAUGCUUUGGAAGAUUUGCUGUGGGCAUUUGAGCGUCGGGCGACUGCCACAUGGAUUUUCCAACUGGCAGUUAAAAGAAACAUCUAUCACAAAGAUGUUUUCAGGGUGGCUGACAAGGAUUGGGGAGCCGACUUCAGAAAGCUAUCUGCUGGUGCUGCUCUUGUUGGUCUAACAUUAUGGCUUGAUCACAUGCAGGACGCAUCAUUGGAAGGUUUCCCCGAAUCUCCAAAGUCCGUCGUGCUGAUCACCGGAAACGCAGAAUACAACAAAGUUUCCUUGAACAGCACUUUGAAGGCUUACCUUUGGGAGAUGGGCUCUCCUUUCUUACCUUGUAAAACAAGGAGUGGAGUCCUCAUUGCAAAAGCGCAUUCCUUGAGGCUGUGGUUGAAAGACUCUGCAUUUUGCUCGGAUCUCGAGCUGAAAGACAGCCCUCUACCCCCAGAGACUAACUCAAUGCAGCUCGUCGAGGGAUGCUACAUCAGACGAGGGCUUGUUCCAGCUUUCAGCGACAUCAGGGAGAGGCUCGGGGAGGUGAGGCCGAGGAAGUUUGCUAGACUUGCGCUACUCUCAGACGAGAAACGGGACGCAGUUAUCCGUGUUGAUGUAGAAGGUAGAAGGGAGAAGUUGGCCAAGAUGGAAAAUGGCGGGGUUGUGAUGAAGAAGAAGAUGAAGAUGAGCAGGUUUAGUAAGGGAAAGUUUACUAGGAGGAGGGCUUCUCUUUCUGAAGCAGAAAGUGGAGUACAGAAAUAAGAUUUUCUGAAAAAAGAAUUGUUUUGUUUUUGUUUUUUGUACAGUCAAUACAACACAAUAAGCGAAAAACGUCCAAAUUUGUAUAUCAUUAAAUUAGUGAAAUAAUCAAAUAUUUUUUUUAUUUAA